AUGGAGGAUCAAGUGGAGACUUUUACUGGGGUUUGGGUUUCUCUGUUGAGUGAAUUUAUUCGUUUCAUCAGGAGAGAGACGACGGGUUUGGAGGGGAAGCUAGAGAUUGAAGUAGAGAUUCAGUCGUCGGCCGAUGAGUUCUACAACGUCUGGAGGAACCAGGUUUACCACCUGCCGAAUGCAAGCGAUGCGGUACAAAACGUUCAGCUCCAUGAAGGCGAAUGGCACUCGGAGGACGCCGUCAAGCUCUGGAACUACACCCUGGAAGGGAAGGCAUUGACGGCCAAGGAGAAGGUUGAGGUGGACGAUGCAAACAAGGUACUCACCUUCAACGUAAUAGAAGGCGAUCUCAUGGAAGAGUUCAAGACCUUCAAGGCUAUAGUCAAGACGACUGCGAAAAGCGACGGCCGUGAAAGUUUAGUAAAGUGGACUCUAGACUACGAGAAGUUGAACGAAGACGUCGCCGACCCUAAUGCUUACAUAGAUCUCGAAGCCACGCUCACUAAGGACACGGAUGCUUAUCUCAUCAACAGAGCGUGAGCGAUUCGCGUGUUCUUAGGGACAAAUGAUAUCUCUGUGUGUCUUUUGUGCGUUUGUGUGUGGAUAUGUUCAUGUGCUUGUCUUGCAGGGCCAAAGUAAACUUCUUGGUGUGGUUAUUGGUGAAUAAAUAUACGUCGAAAGACGCCAUGUCUGUGUCAUUGUCUGUGUUCCUAUGUUUGUGUUCGAGAAAACUGUGUUCCAUGUGAAUUCUGUAAGACUUGUGAAAUGGCUUCAAAAUUGUUUGGCUCCUUCUUAUUUAAA